UCGCCGUAAACAAAUCUGUUCAAGUAAAUGCUAAACUGCAUUACACGAAACGAAAUAAGCCAAAAACUCUACGUAGCGACAGGUCGUUGACCAAGAAGAAAGAGUUUAUACGCGCUCGUAUCGUGAUUGAGGAUGGCAGCCGAGGGGAGGGCGGUGAGAGUCAGCGGUCUGCCCCUGGACAUCCCUGACAAUCGACUGUUAGACAAAAUCCACAUCCAUUUCCUGCGCAGGAAAAACGGAGGUGGGGAAAUCGUCUCCGUAACUAUUUCCAAGACCACACCUGGCACUGCCUUCAUCACGUUUGAGGACAGUGAAGUUGCCUUGAAACUAGCCCAGCAAGGAAAACAUGUUUUUAAGGUGGGUGACAAGAACUAUGAUGUCAUAGUUAGUCUUCACCAUGAAUCAUUGGAUGUCGAUAAGGUACUGUUACACAUGUCUGUGACAGUGGACCACAGUAAGCUCCCAGAAGGAAAAACUACUCUCUUGGCCAUGCAAAGAAGUUUUCCAGGUGUUCACAUAACAUUUGAUUCCCACAAAGACCUUUGCAGUCUGGAUGGCCGCUAUACUGAAGUUCAGAAACUGAGCAGUCUGUUGCUAGGAUCAUUUGAAUCACAGACACCUGGAGACAGACAACUCUCAUGGACAGAGAGCAAAGACAGGGUGGACUUACCCCUGGACAUGCCUGCAAACAGCCCCAUACCCCUGGACAUGCCUGCCAACAGCCCAUUAGGGACAGAUGAAGCAUUUGGGUUAACUAAGCAACCUUUGCAGUGGACUGAAGAGUUGGAUGUAGAACUACACACAGCCAGGAAUUCAGGGUUAGAUCAGCUGAGCACGGACAGCCAUCAACAGUUGCAUGAAAUCUUAUCGGAAGGUGAGUGGAACAUGGAACCUGAAAGCGGGCCCAGUUUUGAAGACUUCUCCUUUGUGGUGGACACAGACAUCUUUCGGUACCUCCAUAAAUACUGUGCCAAGGAGUACCAAAACAUUCUUAAACGACACAGGGUGGAGGUUCUGGACGAAACGUGUCAGGACAUCACCACCUUGUACCUCAAACCAAAAAAGGGGCUCUCAGAACGAGGUAUGGGCCCUAUUAAACGUGCUCGGCAAGAUCUGGCCCAGCUGUACCAGGACAAAGGUUCCCAGCUACGCAAAGAGCAAAUCUCUAAGACUGGCAUCCCAGAGAAAGGCCUUGAGCAAGCCAUUGAGACCCUUGAACAUAGACUGCCACAGCUCAUGAUUGAGGAAGAGGAAGGGAAUGUGUACUUGGUUGGAAGUGGAAGUGACGUGUCUGAGGCCAAACAGUUUAUUACUGAUGUGAAAGGGAUGAGGGUAGAUAGAGAGGUACACUCGAAUCACCUGGUUGUUCACUCUCCAUCCAAUUUUCCCUUUUCACAACAAAUACCAUCAGAGCUACCGGCACAAUCGGACAUCUUUCAGCCACUAGGGAACAAAUAUCAAGCCUCAGAUGACUUAUUCAGCUCAAAUCGAAAUGAUCAGGCCAGUAAAGAUGAAGGCCAAAAUUCUAAUGCGAGAAGGCAUAAUUAUGGUGACCUGAAGUAUCCAGAUGAGCACACGUGCUCCAGUCGAUUUACGCAAAAUCUUCAGAGUAGGGUGAUGAAUGACGAUAUAUUCUUUGUCAGAAGAAAUGACACUCCAGUUGAAAGAAAUGACCUAACAAAUUUGAAAAGAAUGGAAACCAGUGAUUUGGGCAACAUGGAAAAAUUCACAGGUUUUCCUUCUGUUUCCCCCACGUCCCCCAAGUUGUCCACAUUGGAUAUGGACAGGAGAACAGUGGAUAACCCAGACCUCAGAUCAAAGGAAACUCAAUUUAAAGGGCCUCCAGACAAUAACUCAGAUGGCACAGAGAAGCAACUCAAGUCAGCCAAAGUGCGUAAAACCAAACGUGUUGAAUCAGGCAAGGAGUUAAAAAUGGCUGCCAAUUUUAGCCGAGAUAGGUGCACUGGCAACUUGGCUGACACCAGAUUUGCUGAAGAGCCAAAAACAACAGCCAAACUGGAGGAAGGGGCCAAACUGGAGGAAGGCCAUGAGAGGCCUCUGGAUGUUGGGCAGCCACGUUCUCUCCCCUUUAUUAAGCCAUCAAUGAAUAGUACUUUAAAACCAAACCCCGUGCCUGGCAGUGGGAGUGGUCUGAGCAAGAUGGACAUCCUGGUACAAAAAGGUGAUGUGAAGAAACAUGGACAUGUUCCUUCCAACUAUACAGGGAAGAAGCCUGUGAUGAUGCCUGCUUAUUCCACUGAAUCUCAGCCUUUCUCUUUCGGUCAUAUGGACCUAUGUGGCGAUACAGGUAGGAGCCCUGCCAUGACUUCUGGGUUAGCUCUAAAGCGAUCCAACAGCUUCUCUGGCAGGAUCAGAACAGGUCAAGACAAACAUAUGGUGGCAGACAUGUCUGCUAGGCAAAAGGGAAAGGUACAAGGUUCACAGAAAAGAGAAUUUUUCACUGUGGAUGUUCCUAUGGCCAUAAAACAUUGGCUCUAUAUAAAGUCUAUUUACAGUUCUGAAAUUGACAAUUUGACAUCUGAUCUACAGCUUAAAGAGGACAUUAGUAAGGAAGAGUUUGCUUUGUGUCUAAGAGGUGCAGACUUGGAAAAAGUGAAAGAAUGUCAGCAUGGUUUGAAAGGUCUCAUCUCCUUAGUGGAAACAGACUUUGAUGCACGAACACUACCGCUCUCCAUAUUUGGAGUGUCAGACAGCAAGGACAAGACUUUUUUAGACUUCUCUGCUGGAUUGAAGCAGAGAUAUGAGAGGGUUAAAAUUUUAGUCAUGUCCAAGUCAGUGAUGAUCCUGGGCCCCAGGCUAAUGUGUGAGGAGGUUGAAGCAGCUGUGAAGAACAUAUUUUAUACAGGGGUUAGAUGUGCAAAGUCGGAGAGUGGAAGUAUUCAUAAACCAAGUGUUCUUUCCAUUAGCCCAGACCAUGUCACACUCAACAGCCAUUCAGAACCACCUACUGAAUAUCCAACACUAACAACUACUGAAAAUGCACAGGUUGUUACUAAGAAGAACCUAUACAAAAUAUCUGACCAAAUAAAUGCUUGGGACUCAAAAAAGGUCCCAGCUGACCAAACCAAAGGCACAAAAUUUACAAAUGUAGACCAAGACAGCCAAAACCAAGACAGCCGAGAUCAAGAUAACCAAGAUCAAGGCGACCAAGUUAGGGACUGGGGCAAGGUGGAAAGAAAGCAAGUUGCAGAGGAAGGGUCAGAGAUGGUACCUGCCCUGAAGUUACAAAAAGGAGAGGGUGGUACUUCAAACAAGGAGAGCAUGAAAACUAAUAACCAUGUGAUCUCAGUCAGAAGAAAUGAAGAAGAUGAACAGAUUGAUGAACACAGAAUGAUACCCAAUUUACAAAAGAACAUUGAAAUUGAAGCUGAUUCUCAUAACAUGGAAUCCUUUACUGAAAGUGUGGACCCAGGAAGUUCUGUGAGUCAGGCAGGGAAUGUUCUAGCACCCCUUGAAGGUCCAGAUGUCCCACUGAGUGACGGAAUGACCUCUCAAUGUCAGAAAGAAGCGCAUGGCAGCUGUAAUCGCAGCCCACCAGAUGUCCAGCAGGGCAGCUGGGGCAUCAGAGGUACCAUGUCGAUCCGAGAAUCAACCAUCACAAUUCCUGGAUUUAUAAGAGACACAACACUGAGGAUUAUCUAUGAAAUACCUGAUGGUAUUCAAGGGGAGCAUGAUCCCUGUCCGGGAGCCCCGUUUAAAGGGAACAGGUUUGAUGCCUUCUUACCACUUAAUGAAGCCACGAAGAAACUGCUGCCUCUGCUGGAGAAAGCUUUUUACAAAGGCCUCACAUUCGCCAUAAAAACAGAAUCGCCUGGAGGCCAAGAGAAGGGCGUGGUCAGAGAAGCAAGGGUGGUUUGGGGCAAUAUUCCUCACAAAACCCACAUAGAAGGAGGCACCUCUAAGAAUGGAUAUCCGGACUCCACCUAUAUCAGACGCUUGACUCAGACACUAAAGACAGCAGGCUUAGAAGAAUGAACCAAUGAACGUCUAGGUGAAUGGAGGAACCCUUCAGUAAACUGAACAAGCAGUACUAUUUGAAAUGAAUAUCACAUAAUUGUUAAUAUUCAUUCCAAAUGGUAAUGUUGAAGUAUAAACUGCUAUCAAUAUAAGAAUGUAAUGUAAAAAAAAAUGUAAAGAAUAUUUGUAUACACAUGCUGCAGAAGGUAAAACAAUAGUUGUUAAUGACUUCUAAAAUGUUAAUGAAAAUCAUGUUAUGAAGGUGAAAUAUUAAUAAUUGUAGUUGUCACAAGUUUAGAGCAUUUACAUUAAUGUGUCUUCAGCUAGUUAUCCUUUGCACUGAAUAAAUAGUGCCGUUAAAUAUUUGAAUAGUUGAUUCAGGGUUAAACGUGUACUUUUUCUGUUGUUUCUUGUAUAGAAAUAAAAGAAUCUUGUAAUAGUAACCUAAGACCGCUUC